GUGUUUCAAGUGCCUUUCAUUUGAGCUACAACAUGCUUUUAAAUCAAAUGCGCUGUGAAGAUGGUAACCCUGAAAAUAUGUUGCGUAAUUCAUUCUAUCAGUUCCAGGCUGAUCGUGCCAUUCCUGAUCUUGAGAAAGAAGUAAAGGUCCUGGAAGAAGAGAGGGAUUCAAUGAAAAUUGAAGAAGAGGACAGUUUGAAGAAUUACUACAAUUUGAUUCAGCAAUAUAAAAGUUUGAAGAAAGAGGUUCGUGAUAUUGUAAUGUCACCAAAGUAUUGCAUACCCUAUAUGAAAUAUGGCAGGGUAUUGUGUUUACAAUGCACUGAUGAAGAAAAGUCCUCAUCAUUCUCAAUUGAGGACCCACUUACUUGGGGAAUAUUAGUAGACUUCCAUCGAGUGAAGAGCAUUCAUGAUGAUGAUGCAAGUAUAAGACCAGAAAAUGCAAACUAUGCGCUGAACGUUCUUACAAGGUGUGUUGUGAGCAAAGAUGGAGUUUCAAAGAAAACAAUUAAGAUUCUUCCUUUGAAGGAGCAUGGAGAACCUCUUAUUGUUUCAAUCCCUCUCUCACAGGUAAAAUCCUCAAUGCUAUUCUGUUGUUUUGAAUGUCUAGGUUACAACUUAAAAAAUUCUCAUGUUUAAUGUGAGGAAUUCAAAGGGAAAUAUGAAUCUGUAUCAUAUGUUAAAUAAAAUAAUAUGCAUGGGUAGCAUCUAAGCAGCAUAGAGUAUAAUCAUAUAUGUAUUUCUGAUAUAUAUGGAUUACAUCUAUGAAUCUGUAGGAUAUGAUAUAUUUUCUGUUGUAUGUGUUAGAGCCAUUUCUUCUAUGAAUUUACAUUAUGACACGUCUUCUUCAUACAAAUAUAGCAACCAGUAACAU